CCCCGAACUGCUAUCCAAAACACUUUCGAGACGGUCUCCGACUCCACCACGAGCAGCAAGAGCCUGAUCUGGCCAGCACGAGUCCGACAAAGCGCAAAGAACACAGCGCGCCACCUCCCCGUCCACGUCGACUCAUCAGGCCCCCGAAAUAGCGCCCGGUCUCUUUUCUUCCCCCGGCCUCCCUUUUUUCGCUCUUCCUCCCCCCAAACACUUCCGUCCUCCCAACAAUCUCUCGGCGCCCAGCCUGCGAUCCCUCCCACAAUCCCCCCACACGCAAGCCUUCUUGGAACCUAUUCUCCUUUACGGUCGCUGACGACUUCUAACUUGACCCGGUUUAUUAACACUUCAACUGUGACCUGCUGUCACUAUUCUACUUAUUCUUGGAAGCCUUUGAACAACCGAUGCUUCGUCCACCGAACUACGCGUCAGUUCUCUAACAAUUUUGUGCGCGAAAUUGGAAGCCGCCCGGACUCGUGUUCCUCAACUACCGCUGCAGCCAUCCGUCCGACCGAGCCCCCGAAUCCACGUCCCUCGACGACAACAACCCGACGCCGCCGCCAAUCGCCACUGCGAAACCACCGACGACUGCAACGUCUCUUCGAUGGCGAGUGUUCGCGAAUAGGAGGAAGCCUCUUCUGAUCCUCACCUGCGGCUGGCCGCUCUGUUCCUCAUCGACAAGCAGCUCGACGAGUAGGCACCGCGACCAUGGGGAACGUAAAUCCUCUCCCCGAUCUGGGGGCUGCGGGAGCCGCCGCCGCCAAGUUUGUUACCGCCGCACCCAUCAUUAUCGCAAAUAAUGGUGUAAACUACGAAGAAACCGCGACCGGAGGCGCGGUGCAAUACAAAGACUUCCGCGAUCCCUUUUUCUCUCAAUCCAUUUUCCCCGUCUGCUACGCACUCGCCGCGACGACUGUGACGGCAUAUAUGCUUGUUAUUAUGCUUUUCAUCACUCCUCGAUCCUUUCUCGACGGCGGAAUUGUAUAUCUGGGUCGACGCGGGUUUACCGGUGGCGGAACGUCAAACGGAAUUAGCAUCGGAGGACGACCGUGGCUGCAGAAAGUGGCCGCCGUUACCGUUGCAAUCUCACUCACGAUAGCCAGCGCCGACACCUUCAAGGUGGCGGAGCAGCAGUAUCAAUGGGCAAUUCAGGACGCCCAAAAGAUGCAAUCGGAGGUCAUGGACGGCACGGAACUGAAGGUCAUUCGCCUGAUUUCUGACACGUUUUUGUGGCUGGCGCAAGCCCAAACUCUCAUCCGACUCUUCCCACGCCAACGGGAAAAGGUUAUUAUCAAGUGGACUGCAUUCGCGCUGAUCACGCUGAACCUCAUCUUCAGCGCUCUCAACAGCUUUCAGUUCCCCACCAGCGGGAGCAACGGCAACGCCCGUCCCCGGAGCUUCGUCAAUGCCAUCCCCGCUCUCAGCUAUCUAUUUCAACUCUCCCUCGGCCUCUUGUACGCCGCCUGGGUCAUUUACUACUCCCUCAUGAAGAAGCGAUACGCGUUCUACCAUCCGUUGAUGAAGAACAUGGUUUUGGUUUCCACCCUCUCCCUCUUCGCCAUCCUCGUCCCAGUUGUCUUCUUCGUCCUGGACAUGGCCAAGCCGGAAUUCACGGGAUGGGGAGACUACGUUCGUUGGGUUGGUGCCGCGGCCGCCAGCGUGGUGGUUUGGGAAUGGGUGGAGAGAAUCGAAGCUUUGGAGAGGGAAGAGAAGAAGGACGGUAUUCUUGGCCGCGAAAUAUUUGACGGCGACGAAAUGCUGGAAGUAUCUGCCUCGGAGUUUCCUUGGCUUAGAAGAAGGAAGAAUCGGCAUGGCGGCCGGGACGACGGUGGCCAAGAUGGCCCCCAAGGUGGUGGAGCCGUCGCUCAAGGUUCUCCUUCUGGUGGCAGAGGCAACCUUUGGCCCGGCAUGACACAAAUCGCCUCCAGGUACCGUGUCAACCACGCUCAGGCCAAUGCCGAACCGCACAACGCCCAGAAUGGCCAAAGAUCUAUGGGCGGUCUGUUACGCCCGCCAGUGUGGCCUUCACGGCCCGCCCCCGCGGUAACUCCCGUGAGCCGAACCGACACAGCAAGCGCAGCGAGCACUGUGUAUGCCGUCAGAUACCAAAUGCCGUCGGAAGCAACCUCGCGGACGCCAGAGGUGGCGCCCCAGGAUGCCCACCCGCCUCAACGCAACCCAGCAGCUGCCAUUUCGAGGAGCGAUUCGGCAUUCUCAAGGAGCAAGUCAGUCGCUAGCGACGACGAGCCCGCGAUGGCGGCUCCCAUCCCGAGACCAGCGACUCACAAGGCGGUUGAAAUGGACACGGAAGCCCAGGAAGACAUGGCCGCGAAGGGCAGGAAUGGAUGGAGAUCGCUCAUCGCCAACCCGCUCUUCCGGCGAACCGCUCGGGAUCCACCCGCCGAAGUGAUGGCUCAUGCCGAGUCCAAGUCGGAAGCCCGUGGCGGUCACGAUGAUGCUGGAAGAUGGGAUCUCCGGGCCCGGUUGGAAGACUUCGCAGCGACACAAGCCGAGAAGAUCAGAGAGAAGAUGCGCCCCACUCCCGAGACGGACAGUCUACCAGUCACCGUCAUCCCCGCGCCACCGAGGCAAGGGGCAGCAUUGGCUCAACUGCUGGAAGAGGAGAGAGGCCAAGAGACCCUGGAGCGUGCGGCAUUCACCAGAACUACUAGCGACGCGUCUGCCCUCUCUCCCCAGCCUGCCGGUGCACUCGGCCGGACAGCGAGUAACUUCUCCCAUCUUUCACGCGGCGCGAGUCAACCUCCAGAAGCGGCAACGCUGCAAUUGAGCAGGCCGCCGCUCUGGCCCGGUGUACGACCUCAACAGCAGGAGUACGAGGCCCAGUCACCCAGCGCGCCUUCCCAUGGCCGGCGGUUGGGAGAUGACUCGGGCCCGCCGACUACUCCCUGAACGGGUUUGUGCAGCCGAAACGACGUUUCUGUGUCGAAUUUUUUUUUCGACGAAAAAACGAAGCGUGGCGCUGUGGGCCCAAUUUCUUCCUCUACGACUUCUA